GCGCAAUCAGUCAGAAGUCGUGCUUAACAAAACUUUCAAAAUCUUAUUUGGCGGGUUUAGUACCAGUGUGUAGGGGACCACACUCCCACAGCGUGUGUGAAUCAGACAUUCCUCCUCCGCGAUUAUUUCUUCACCGAUCUCCAUUCAUUCGCUCCCCGGAGUCCCCCCUGCCACCGUUUUUGCCAGAUUCAAUAACAGAGAAAUGAAAUUCAGCUCUAUUAGGUGGUGAUGACGUCGCCGUUCUCCGCUUUCGAAGCCGACAAAGACCUCGACGACGCCGCUCUAUGGGCCGUCAUCGACUCAGCCGCCGCCGCCGCCGCCGCUUCUCUCUCCGCCUCCUCCGCCACUGCUAAACCUCGAAGGUUUAUACCCCUCAAACAUGCUUCGCCAAUUCCGACCAUCACGAAUCUUUCUCCUCAAAUUAGAGCAUACAAAACCCCAAGAAUCCAACGCAAUUACCCCGACGGAGAGGUUUUGCAAGAACCUUGGGCUCAAGAUCAGAACCACCGGCCACACAAAAUCGCCAUGUCUAAUUCGUCGGAGGUAAUUGAGAGGAGUCCGCAAACCAUGGCUGUGGUGAAGCACGUUCACCGCUCGCCUGCAACGCCGCCAGCAUUUCACUCUCCGGAGGCGGCAACUUUAGAUGUUUCUGCAGUCACCAGUAAUCCUAAUGAACCGUAUCAUUCACCAGUUGCCACCCCAACUAAUCACGAAGAUACGGUGAUGCGGCAUAGCUUAUCUGGUCGAUUUCCGACGGUUUCUCUGUUUAAAGAGUAUCAGGAUGCAGCUAUGGCGAUUCUCGAGAAAAGUGACUACACCAUGAUAUCUGGACACCCUUUCAUUAAGAAAACAGGCUGGAGGAAGAUAGCAUUUUACUUCAACCUAUCUUUUGAAAUUAAGGAUAAGACAAUUGAAUUUGAUGAACAUCGCAAUGUUCAGCGAGCAGAGUUUAUAGUUCGGGCUUAUAUGCAAGGUGGUAGAUAUUCAGAUGGAUGGGGCUCAUGUGAGAAGCGAGAAAAAAAGUUUAUGAAACCAAACCAUGAUAUUCCAAGCACGGCUGAAACUAGGGCUAAAAAUAAAGCAUGUCAGGAUCUUCUAGGUAUUGGAGAAUAUCGUCCUGGUGGUAACCGUGCCCAGCAAUAGAUAGAGUUUGGAGUUCAAUCUGAAAAGUGUUGUUUGUACCUGAAACGAGAAGAGGUUUUCAGACAUCAUAAAUGUACAUUUUCCUUACUUAAGCUUCAACAUUGAGGUGAGAUUAUGGCAACUGAUUCUAUUGUUCAGUUAGGACUUAGGAUCCAACAGGUCGCAUAGACUUGUUAACUAUACAGGUUUUUAUAGCAUGGCAUGCCAUCAUUCUUACAAAAUGAUUUACUUGAACAAACAUAUAUGUGAUCCCAAUUGAUUUAUUCUUAUUAAGUCAAGGAAGCCAGUAGCAAGGGACCUACUGUGAUAGCUUUGUACAUUUUCACCAGCAAGUUAAAGUAAUUUAAUUGUUUGAACAAUCAGCUUAAGGGGGCUAAAUCUGUGCACGUUUCUUUUAACAGUUCUCAGAGGCCCAAUCAUCGUCUUUGCAGCAUCUGUAUUGAAUCCAUCCCUUGUUUAGAUUAACCUCGUUAUUCAUUUUUGUCUAUGGUUUAUCUUCUUUCACCUUGAGGGCUAAAUUGGUGCAUGUUUCUUUUAACAGUUCUCAGAG